AUUUUACCCAUUGCAACAUUUGAUCCCUUUGAACCAUUUUCAAGUUCUAAAAAAUGCAAGCAACCUCUCUACGUUCCCAUGUGUUCUUAUCAAAACCACUUUCACGAGAACACAAGGUGUUCUCUAAUGUCACCACACCUCGUAGGAGCUUAAUAUGUGCAUCAAAAAGUGACUCUUUUGGGCACCACUACGAGGGGAAGAUGGUGGACGACAACAUGAUCCUUCUCAGAAUGCGAAUUCGAGAGAUUGAGACACUGGAAACGAAGGGUAAAGAUUCUUCCGACUGGAACGAAUGGGAGAAAAAGUACUUCCAGAAUUACGAUUCAGAUGUAUGUGAAGCAGUUGGAGUAUUGCAAAGAGUGUUAAUGAACACUAGACCUUCUUUUGCACUUGCCACAUUCGCUCUUCUUAUGCUAACCACGUCAAUGUCAAUGUUCCAACUUGCUUUUCAUCUUGUAGGGUACGCCAAGGGAAUCCUAUGAUAUCUGAAAAGGGCAAUGGACUGAGAUCACAAACCAUGUUCUUAAUUACUUGAUGUAAAAAUUAUUUGCAUAGAAACAA